GCAGAAUCAUAUCUGUGUCGGAUCCUGUUGAGGGAGAAGUCGGUGAUACUGUCCGGAUCAGCUGCACAGUGUAUGCAAGAUCAGAUGUUGACAUCGCAUGGUACUUUGGAAAUAAUCAAAUUAUCGAUGAUGUCAAGUAUGCCAUAACAAACUCGUCCCUUGGAGACUUUGAGCAGAUAAGCUACCUGACUGUCCACAACCUGAUUGCUGCUGACAACGGCAGCUACGUCUGCAGUGCAACAAAUGACACAAGGGAGGCCAUGAUUGUUGUUAUUGAGAGGCCUAUAAUUGGCAAUGUUCAGGUUUCUGCAUUGAGGUUUGAUCAGCUAAGAGUAUCCUGGGUCAUCAGCUUCGAUGGUAACUUACCACCUCCAAUCUGCCAUGUGAAUUACAGCACUACUUCAACUGGUCUAUUUCUGUCAUCACCGGGCAGUCCAGUUACUGAUGUGAGUCACAUCGUGACAGACCUACAACCCUACACGGAGUAUUAUGUGCAAGUCCAAUGUACAAACAAGGUUGGAUCAAGCAACAACCUGCUAGGUGGACCUCAGCGGACUCUGAAGACAAACCCAUCUGAGCCUCGCAAUCUACAUGCAACUGACAUCCAACCAGACAGGUUUAAUGUGGAGUGGGUUGAACCAGCCACGAAAAAUGGACCAGUUGAUGGAUAUAAAAUCAACGUAACUAGACACUCAGAUGGUGCCAUCAUUAAAAUGGCUCAAGUAACAGGACGAUCAUUCCCAGUCGAAGGUCUGACAGCAUACACCGAAUACACUGUGGUGGUAAUUGCAUUUAACACGGAAGGCGGGCAAGAUCUUGCAAGCAACCCAACUCAGCAGAUUUUCAGAACUGCUCAAGAUGCACCCACUCCACCUCGGAACGUUCAAAGUAUCAACCUGCCAGGUACUUGUAAUGUCAGCUGGGGCAGACCAGAGAACGAAAAUGGAAUUAUUCAGUCUUACAAGGUCAUUUAUAGUGCCUAUCCCAGACCGGAGUCGAGUGAGAAUUCCGCAACCGAUAAAGAAAACUCUGGCUCGUAUGAUGUGAAUGGAAACCAGAUGACCUUCGUGUUCAAUAAGAGCAAUCAUGCCGCAUACUCUGAGUUUAGAUUCAAUGUCAGUGCAACAACUGUGGCAGAAGGCAACCCAAGUGAUGUUAGCAAUGGGAGUUGCAUCACAAACCCUGCAGCCCCUGCUGAAGGUGCGGUGAGUGUGCCUCUUCAAGGGACUCCAGAUGAUCCUGAAGAGGAAGCCAUAACACCAUCUUCAUUCUACAUGACAUUGACACCUGCUGAUGAAAGGAAUGGACCAAUCAGUUGCUAUAACAUCAUAGUGAAGGAACUCAAUGAAGAUGAAGGCAUCGAUGGCCUGAAUCCUGACCAAGAGUACCCACAGAAGAAAGUUGGGACAUACGAAAGCUCACAGGGCAACCGCGAGCCAUAUAUUGCCUUUGUCAAAGAUGGGUCUGAUGUGACCUCAAGGCUUAAUAUAAAGAUUGGGGAGGGGAGACCAACAAGAUGUGGGGCACCAGGAUCCAGAAGAAAGAGACAGACAAUGUAUGACCACUUCGGUGAUAAUGGCGGACUUAAGGCUGACACUAGGUAUACAGCUUUUGUGAGGGCAUUCGUCAAGGUUAGGGAUGGGAAUUCGGAGGAGUAUAGAUCAAGUCCCUUCAUGCAGCCUAUAAAGACGGCUGCUGGACCGAGUGUUGCUGGCAUUGCGAUUGGGAUCAUCUUAGCUAUAUUGGUCAUCAUUGUCAUCGUUCUAGGAGCACUGAUCUACAUGAAACGUAGACAGACAACCCCCUUACUACGUGGGGAAGAAAAUGGUGUUGCUAUGGUGCAAGUUAAGGAUAAAGAACCAGAGAUGACUCACAUGGUGGUUCUUCCUAUCCCCAUCGAGGACCUGGAAGAGAAGGUUAAGCAGAAAAGCCAGAAUGAUGACGAGGUCUUCAAGGCUGAAUUCAAGUCCAUUCCUGAAGCCACUGGUGAUGUCACCAGGGAUGCAACCAAUCUGGAAUGCAACAAGGAAAAGAAUCGCUACAUCAACAUUGGAGCAUAUGAUCAAACCAGGGUGAAGUUGAGUGUCAUAGACGAUGUUGAAGGAUCUGACUACAUCAAUGCCUGCUACAUUGAUGGCUAUGAGAAAUCCCGGAAGUUCAUUGCAGCCCAGGGUCCUCGUGAGGACACGGUGCUGGAUUUCUGGCGAAUGAUCUGGGAGCAGAACUGUGCUACUAUCAUCAUGCUGACCAAGUGCCUAGAGAAUGGAAGGGAGAAAUGUGCAGAGUACUGGCCGGAGGAAGAUGCUAUCAUGUAUGAUGACAUCAUCGUGACCUUGGAUGACGUGGUGACCUGCGCUGAUUACGUCAUUAGGAAGUUCACCAUGCAGAAGGAUGAGGAGGAUGAAGAUGCAGAACCCAUCGUUGGCGAGAGCCGUACCUUGAUGCAGUUCCACUUCCUUGGUUGGCCAGAUUUCGGUAUCCCCAAGUAUCCUCACAGCAUGCUGUGCUUCGUCAAACGUAUCAGGCACAUGACAGGGACCCGCAUUGAGCCCGGCAACAUUGUGGUGCACUGCAGUGCCGGCGUGGGUCGUACAGGUACCUACAUCCUAAUCGACUACAUGCUGGACAUGAUGAAGAAAGAGAAGAAAGUUGAUAUCUACAAUGUCAUCUACUCCCUUCGCAGUCAGAGGAAUCUGCUCGUUCAGUCACUGGUCCAGUACAUCUUCAUCCACAAGGCUUUAAUGGAGGAAUAUCUGUAUGGCCAUACUGAGGUGGAUGUUGGUAGUAUGCGUCACUACUAUCAAAAGCUAUGUGGCAAGGCGUCUGAUGGUGAAGACAAGUACAGGGCCAUGGCUAGCUUGCCAGUCGACAACACUGAUCAGAAGACUGGCAACAUUGAGGCCAACAAGCAGAAGAAUCGUCUCCGACAGGUCAUCCCUUAUGACCGGAAUCGUGUCAAGCUAGAACGUCUGACCGGCCAGGAACAUUCCAACUACAUCAACGCUUCCUUCAUUGAUGGCUAUGAACACAAGAAGGCCUACGUAGCAGCCCAAGGCCCUCUGCCAAACACCAUGGGUGAUUUCUGGCGUAUGGCCUGGGAGAAUCAAUGCUCGACCAUUGUCAUGUUGUCAGAGUGUGAAGAGAGAGGGCAGAAUGUGUGCACCAAGUACUGGCCUGAGGCAGGAGAGACCCUGAAUCCAGCAUUCUUGACAGUGGCUGUCAAGGAGGUGAAAGAAGAUGAUGAUUGCACUAUCCGAGACUUGGAAGUCUCUACCACUAAGGGAGCAGGUACCAAGCUGAUCCGUCAGUACCAUUACCAUGGCUGGCCAGAAGUUGGAAUCCCAGACAACUCUGCUUCACUAGUCAAAGUGAUUGGAUUGGCGCAUGAAUACCAGCAAGACAUCGGACGGUUCCCGAUCCUUGUUCACUGCAGUGCCGGCUCUGGACGGACUGGGGUGUUCAUUGCCCUCAGCUACCUGCUGCAGAGGGCCAAGGCAGAGGGCAUCGUUGAUGUCUUCCAAGCCGUACGCACUCUGAGACAACAGCGCCCUCACAUGGUCCAGGAUGUGGCACAGUACCAGUUCUGCUACCGAGCCAUGAAUGAGUACCUGGACUCGUUUGACCACUAUGCCAACUUCAAAUAAACAGGGAACCAGUUGAUCCACCUGGGUGAGCAGAAAGAGUACAACAUCGUGUUCAUCCCUGAUAUUACAGUACUAGCAUGUAUGUACCAGACAGAUCAAGCCCUGAGAAUAAGGCAAACAUGAUUCUCCCGUGCGUUUUACAGGAGAGCGAAAUUUGCAAAGGAAUUGUGUUAAACAUUCCAAGAAUUUUUUAAGUUUAGUUUUGUAUAUCCAGAAGAUGUUAAAUGCGUAGUUAAUCAGAUUUUAAAAGUUGGAGAAUAUAUCUAAACUGGUGCACAGGAUAAUUGUAGGAAAUAUGUGUAAAAGAAUUAAAUUAGGAGAUAUCUUUACAUUUUGGCAGAGUAUUAAGCUAAAUGGAUCGAAAGAUGAACAAGUUAUUGUCUUCUUGCAAGAGCAUUUGUUUGGAAAGAAGACCGAUAUUGUUGUACUCAGAUAAAUUAGAUUGGUGUGGUUUUGAUAAGUGAUUUCAAAGAGUGGUUUCCUUUUUUUCUCCCACUAUAGUGGGAGAAUAGUAUAUGUGUCACACCGUAGUUGUCAUACCUUGUUAGCAUUGUUUUACUUCUUUCUUGCAGACUGAAAUGUUAACAACACAUUUUUGUUACAAAGUUUUGGAUAAACAGACAGUACUUGGAAAAUCCACCGUAGAAUUUGUUUUUUAAAAGCUUUUAUAUUUUCUUAUCGCAAAAACCAUGGCUCCCUCAAGAUUUAUAAUUGAGUCUGGGAUUUUGAUGAAUUUGACAUGUUUAAUUUGAGUGAAUUGGAAACACUUGGAUUGAUGGUGCGAUGUAUAAGGUUAAAGUGAACAUUUCAGACUUUCUUUACCGGCAGGUGAAUGAAUUGCCUUGUAGUAGCGUUUUGCCAUAGACAGUGAGCCAUUGUAGGGGCUUGAGCUUACUUGUUUGGAAUUUAUCCAAAAUGAUUAGAGCUCAUGAAAUUUGCAGCAUUAGUGAAAUUUUUUACAAUGAAUUUAUCAGAGAUUUUGCUAUGUAAAAAAAAAACAGAUGAAAGUGAAGAUUGUUGGCGUGAUAUCAGAAGAAACGUUGCUCUUUUCCUACAUUUCUUGAACGAAGUCAUUACCAGCAUUUUCAACAGAUACCUCGACAAGUUUGUACUUAAGUACAGUGAAGUAUAUUUACAUUGGAAAGCAAAGCUGUGUAACAGUCAGUCGAGCAUUUUGUUUACAUAUUUGGCUAUUAAAGUGUGUCACCAAGGAGGCAUAGAUUUAGUUCGAUAGCCACUACCACUUUAAACUAAAUUGUAAGUAAGACAGCCUGCAUACUUUUGGCAGAUAUUUGCACUGGUAGUACCCAGGUGUUGUAAAUUUUGUAAAUAGUGCCGCUUAGCUGCACAGUCGGCCAAAAAGCUAUUUUUAAGCUCGUAAACUCAGAUUUUUGUAAGGUUUUGCAUAACUUCUUUUUUAAUAGCAUUGGUAAAAUAUAUAUUUUUUGUGGUUCAUGUACUAUAAUGUCAGUUUUUCCAUAAUUAUCAGACAGUACAAAAUAUUGUAGAUGUAUGGAUGGUAUAUAAAUGCUGUAUGAUUUUUUCAAUUUUUUUUUUUAUUCAAACGUUUAAUGUUUGCAGAAUACUACCAGAUGUACAUGUAUUUACUCAAAUCGUCAUAUUGGGAAGCAAUAGCUAGUCUUUGUUGUACCAAAUGAAUCAUGUCCAAGGUAGAGUCAGACUGGUCCUCGCAGGAAUUUAUAAAAGAAUAUGCAGUACUUGUGUAAUGUUGAAAAGUGUCAAGUGGGAAAGACACCACUGAAACAAAAGCUAGCAAGAAAAAUAAUAUGUGACCCUCUGCUGUGAAAGCAAAAUUACUUUUUGGAAUCUGAAGAUAGCAUACCACCCACUCCACCCCCCUUUCGACUGUGUGCCCCACCCCCACUUUGGGAAUUAUUUUCGGAAAAUUUAUUUAGAAAAAAGUACUAUGCAUGCUGAAUUUGUAAUCGGUUUGGUGAUGAACUGAGCCCAAUCAGGUAGCUGUUAAAGUCUUUCAUUGUUAUUUUUUAAUGUAUAAAAUAACGAGUUUGUAAGUACUUGAUUUGGCCGUCUUUUUCUCACUGAAUUACUCAGCUGUUUUAUUUUUUCCACUUUACUCCGAGUUUAUCUCUGUUUAUUAUGUUUGCUAAUGUCGCAGUGUUUUGGUUGAGUUUUGUUCAGCUUUCAAGCUUUGUGAACUGGAUUUUGUUUGUAAACUUUUUUAGAUCUGAUUAAUAUUAGUGUACGUCUCAAUUAAUUUCUCAGAUUUUGUUGACUGUCUUGGAAUUGUUUAUCCAAGAAUGAAUUGCUGUAUUUCGUGGUCCAACCAUAAUUCUGAGAAAUUGAUUUGAAUUUUUGAUCAAUGUAAUCUUUGUCUACGAGUAUCCAAAUUAUCUGGGAAUGGUUCAGAUUUUAGCAAGCAGUUCUAUAUUUUAAAAGUAUUUUAUUUAUACUCAGUGUAUGCAUUUAGUUUUUUAAUAUAAUUAUAUUUUUGCAAGCUAUAUUGAAAUUGCAUGCCUGGUUAUAGAUAUUGAACACAAAGAAGUCACCUGUUAUAUUUGGAGGGCGGGAAAAAAGACUUAUUUGUUUGAGUGGUUUGAAAAACAAAUGAGUUUCCCCAAUCCACCUGCUCUUUAUAGAACCUGAGUUAAAUUCCUUUGUAUCCGUUUAGAAGAGUUAGUUGAUGCCCCCCUGUUGUUUGUCUUAGUGAAUGGGCCAAUUUUCAUGGAGUUUCUUCGCAGAAAAAAAACAUUUAGCUAAACAAAGUUUACUUAUCAAAAAUGUAAUUGUAAUACUGUUAAUACCUCUUUUGCAAAAUACUUCAAUGUGAAAUUGAUGUACAGCGUCUGUUAAUCAGAGGUUAUGUACCGACAAUUUUUUCUGCCUUGGGGUUCCAUGUUAAAUUGGUCUGCAUUUACCUAAUAUUUGCCAAGAUGAUUUAUGGAGUGGUUACUUUGCUUAAGUUACCAUUAAUCCAAAUUUGAUGCAACGCGGCUUCAUGUAGUUUAAAGUGCGGUUUUGUCUCUCCCGUACUUGGACUAAAUGGCAUAAAUGGGUCUACAGCAACAGAUUGCGGGCAGUCAAGCGUGUGCAGAUCAUGUGGUCGGAAUGAUGGGGGCGUCUGUCUGGAAUGAAAUGUCGAGUCACGAAUUUUAAAAAGCAGCUGUUUUCUUUCUACAUAUGCAUGCGCAACAAUUGCAGUAACUGCUGCACCUUUAUGAGCAUUUUUUUGCCCGGUGGCAGUGUUAAAAUUCCUUCUCUAAAUCUUUGAGAAUUUAUAGAUAGUUAAACUUCGUAAUUGUUCCCCUGCUUAUUAAUAUUCUCAUGCACUCAAUAAAACAUCGUUAAUGGUUUUGUAGACGUUUUGAUACCUGCUUCUAAAUUAUCUGCAAAAUAUUUUUUGUGAUUGUGAAUUGUACUCAAUCUCAAUCCAGUACUUGUAGAAUAAUGCAAAGAUUUCGCCCAGUUUCCAAUGCUUCAGAAUCACAGCCAUAUUCUGUACAUUUUGGAAUAAUUUUUUAUGUACACGUAGUCAGUUUUUACACCAUGCAUCCUUGGUCAGCGUGCUUAUGUAGCAUUUGCCUUAUGGAGCAAAUAUUUUGGAAUGCUGUUAUGGAAUUUCAUUAUAUUCAAACUUUGAUAUUUUAAUGACUACAAAGACGAAUAAAGCCGCGUAGCCUUUGCAAACGG